UCUGGCGUAAAAAAUCGCAAGUUCUCAUGAGAUUUUCUGCUUUUUAUUGUUCCGCGGAGAGAGAAAAAUUACGAAAAAAUGUCUGGAAAGGGUGCAAAUAAGAUUGUGGCUGAGUCCCAGGAGACAUACGAGAACUCGUGCGUUGUGUGCUUCGUGGAGGUGACAAUCUUCUCCGUGGGGAGCUGCGACCACGCUGUCUGCUACGUGUGCUCCACUCGGAUGCGAGUGCUGUGCGGGCAGAACGAGUGCCCAAUCUGUCGCCAAGAGCUUUCGCAGGUGAUCUUCUCGCGCGAGAAGCAAUCCUUCAGGCAGCUCGAGGUCAGCACCAGGAGUGGUUUGUAUGACAAGCAGUACCGGAUAGUAUUUGGCGAUUUGGGCAUUCAGAAUGCCUUCUACAAGCUCCUGGAGCACGCAUGUCCGCGCUGCAAGUGUCCGCCGUUCGUGGAUUUCACAAUGCUGCGAAAGCACGUUCAGCGCGAUCAUGAGCUGUUCUACUGCGAACUCUGCACGGACAACCUCACGAUCUUCACCUUCGAGAGGCGUUGCUACACUCGGGAAGAGUUGGCGAUGCACAAGAGGAAAGGCGACGCUGAUAACACAUCCCAUCGUGGCCACCCGCUCUGUGAGUACUGCGAUAUCCGCUAUCUAGACCGCGAUGAGCUGUUUCGUCACCUUCGACGCGAGCACUUCUACUGUCACUUCUGCGAUGCCGACGGCUGUAAUCAAUUCUACAGCGACUAUCCAUCCCUCAGGCAGCACUUCCGCUCCGACCACUAUCUGUGCGAGGAGGGCAACUGCCUGGAGGAGCAGUUCACGGCGGUCUUUCGCACGGACAUCGACUUGCGCGCCCACAAGGCGUCCAUGCACAGCCGAACGAUGGGCAAACUGGCCACGAAGCAGACAAGAACGCUGGAAGUUGAGUUCUCUCUGGUGCCACGCAAUCGACAGCCCAACGGAGCGCCUGCUUAUCAGGAAGCCGAGACAACGUCGCACUAUCGACCACUUAUGGGAUCAACAAUUCAGCAACAGCCACAAAAGACAAUCAAUGCCAAUGACGAACAAGAGUUUCCGGCUCUGGGCGGAGCCGGCAAUAGCGCCCCCGUGCCUAUGAUUCGACCUAGUGUCUCCAUCAAGGCGAAAUCCUACAAGACGAACUCUCUGGCCAAGACGAAGGAGAAUUUCCCGGCUCUGGGCGGUGGCAAUUCGGCGAUGCCCUCAACAUCAUCCCUCGAGGGUCCGUCCACGGGUCACUACAGCAAGAUGGUGCAGAAACCACAAGCGCCACCGCAAGCUGCGCCUCCUGCGCCGCCCAAAGGCACCAUCAUUCACAUAUCCAACCGGCCAGCGAAGCAUCCGGACGUGACGAAAGACUUUCCAGCGCUGCCCAGUGCCAAAGCCCUGACUGGGAACCCAAAGAGUGUGUCUGCGAAGCAUCGAGGACUAGUCGAGGACAACGCUAUGAUCAUGCCAAAUGCUUCUCUAGCGUCCAAACUGAUGAUGGUGACCAAUGGGGCGCCGCCGCCGCCGCCGGCGCCCAGAAAAGCACCUGAAGUGGAGGCCAAAGUGCCCAAAUUGAACUCUGAGGACAAUUUUCCCACACUGGGCGGCUCAAGUGCCUUAUCCACUCCGCCCACGUGGGUGGCAGCGUCAGCGACGAAGAACAAAACGGUGGAGAGUCGCAAGGCCAAAGUGGCUCCGGCGCCGGAUUUGACGAAGGGCAGCGAGAGUGGCAAGAAGAAGGCCAAGAAUGCGGGCAAGAAUGGGAAGAAUAACAAUAACAAUCAGCAUAGCAAUAAUAAUAAUAACAUUGUGAGUGAAAUAGGAGCCCUAAAGAUAGGAAAAGCCGGCGAUCUGUUGUCUUUAGCGCCGCCACCGGGCUUCGAUAGUUUGCCCGGCGGUGGUAAAGGGAAAACCAAAAGUCAACCACCGCCGGGAUUCAAUUCAGUCACACUGAAUUCCGUCGCCCGGAAGCCAAACAACAAUCUAACAUUCACCAAUUCCACCGGAGAGAGUUACUCAAUCAUCCCAACGCGGAAGUAUAUUCAUCCGUUGGACAGCAAAAAGAGAAAUGAGGUGCUCCUGCGUCACUUCCAGGACGCCCUCAAGAGCAGUGCGGCUGUGAAGGAGUUCCAUGCAAUCUCGCAGAUGUUCAUGAAGAACAAAUACAACGCCUUGCCGUACUAUGAGCACUGCGUCUCGGCGCUCGGUGAGAAAUUCAACGAAAUAUUCCCAGAAUUGCUGGCUCUUCUGCCGGACAUUACGAAGCAACAGGAGCUGUUCCUAGUUCAUGUACAACAAGAGAGGAUGGACAAGAAGCACAGCGAGGCGAUAAUUGAUGUGUGCUCCAUCUGCAAGCAGGUGCUGAUUCGGGCUGAUCUCUUUCAUCAUCUCCAGGCGCAUAAGCACGAGAACAACUUUCCACUGCUGACGAAAUAACAGUGCAAUGGGGAAAUUGUGCACUAGGAUGAAAAAAAACUUAGGUGAAAUUUAUAUAAAUUAUUCCUAGUGACA